UUCUUUUUUAUUUUUUUUUAGACUCAACAUACAAAUAUAUUAUUACAUAAACCAUUAUAAGCAAUGGCUCGAACAAAGCAAACUGCUCGAAAAUCAACUGGCGGCAAGGCUCCUCGCAAACAACUUGCAACAAAAGCUGCGCGAAAAAGUGCCCCAGCUGCUGGCGGUGUAAAAAAGCCACAUCGAUAUAGGCCCGGUACCGUUGCACUCAGAGAAAUCAGACGUUACCAGAAAUCCACUGAAUUGUUGAUACGAAAACUUCCUUUCCAACGUUUGGUUCGUGAAAUCGCUCAAGAUUUCAAAACUGACUUGCGUUUCCAAAGUUCUGCUAUUGGAGCACUUCAAGAAGCAGCUGAAGCCUAUUUAGUUGCGCUAUUCGAAGAUACAAAUUUGGCAGCCAUUCACGCAAAAAGAGUUACCAUUCAACCGAAGGAUAUUCAACUUGCUAGAAGGCUUCGAGGGGAACGAUCUUAAUUACAUCAAUUGUAUAAUGGUGAUCAACGAAAUGAUAAACGAAGUCUAAAUUUUUAAUUCAAGCUCAAAUAUAAUUAAAUAUAGUUCUAUUUGUUAUUUGUUAAUCUUUAUU